CCAGACCCUGCAUUCACUAUAUCUGGGCUCCCCGGACCCUGCAUUCACUAUAUCCAGUCUCCCCGGACCCUGCAUUCACUAUAUCCGGUCUUCCAGGACCUUGCAUUCACUAUAUCUGGUCUCCCCGGACCCUGCAUUCACUAUAUCUGGUCUCCCCGGACCCUGCAUUCACUAUAUCUAGGCUCCCCGGACCCUGCAUUCACUAUAUCCGGUCUCCCAGGGCACUGCGUUCACUAUAUCCGGUCUCCCAGGGCCCUGCAUUCACUAUAUCUGGUCUCCCGGGACCCUGCAUUCACUAUAUCUGGUCUCCCAGGACCCUGCAUUCACUAUAUCUGGUCUCCCAGGACCCUGCAUUCACUAUAUCUGGUCUCCCAGGACCCUGCAUUCAUUAUAUCUGGUCUCCCAGGACCCUGCAUUCACUAUAUCUGGUCUCCCAGGACCCUGCAUUCACUAUAUCUGGUCUCCCACAGACCCUGCAUCCACUAUAUCUGCUCUCCCACAGUACACAGAACAUGGAAGUGCAAUUAUUUUAGUAAAAUAUAAACUGCUAAUUCCCUUUUCUCAUCAGCAGUUAGAGCAGUCUUCU